UCCGGAAGCCGAACAGCGCUCCGGCGGGUGACUGGCUGGGGCUUCGUUACUAUUCAUGAAGGGGCGGCCCGAGUCGGGGUGCCUUUGUUAAGCAGGGAGGGCGCGGCUGCUGGGAUUUUCGCUGCGGGCUUCCCUGAGCUGGGCUUGGUUUCCAGAUUGGGGUCGAGAUGUCCUACAUCCCGGGCCAGCCGGUCACCGCCGUGGUGCAAAGAGUUGAAAUUCACAAGCUGCGUCAAGGUGAGAAUUUAAUACUGGGCUUCAGUAUUGGAGGUGGAAUUGACCAGGAUCCCUCCCAGAAUCCAUUCUCAGAAGAUAAGACAGACAAGGGCAUUUAUGUCACACGAGUAUCUGAAGGAGGCCCUGCUGAAAUUGCUGGGCUGCAGAUUGGAGACAAGAUAAUGCAGGUGAAUGGCUGGGACAUGACCAUGGUCACGCACGACCAAGCCCGGAAGCGGCUCACCAAGCGCUCGGAGGAGGUGGUGCGCCUGCUGGUGACGCGGCAGUCACUGCAGAAGGCAGUGCAGCAGUCCAUGCUGUCCUAGCGGCCCGCCACGGUCCCAGACUUGUGCCUGCCUGCCUACAGUGACACCACUUCCACGCUCUGUCUGCCCCUCAUCCUGGCUUCUGCGGAGUACUGCGCUCCAGCUCAGAAGGGCCAGAGCUGGUCCCAGAGGCCUGUCCCUGGGACCUGACCCAGCCUUCCUUCCCCACCUCCCGCCACUGGCCCGAGGCUCUGGGACCAGCUCUCGUCCUCAGACACUGAGAAUUGUCAGUCUGUAGCGACCACAGGCUUGGCCCUCAGACCCCUGCUGCAUGGCCUUAGCAGUGCCCAAAUGGGCAGAAGGCCCCCCACUUCUUGAGAGCCACCACAAAGCUGGGGAAUGCCGGCUGGGGCCAGCCUUUCCCACACUGAGCCCUGGCUGCAGGGCUUGGCCUGGCCCCCCGUUAUCUCAGCUCUGCAGUGACUACCCCAUGUUUUUUCCUGCCUUCCCCAGCAGGGACUUGACAUACGGCCAGAGGCACUACAGAGCUUGGUCCAAAUGGAACCCAGGCAGGCUCACAGUUGACCCCCCAUCACCUCCCACCCCCCCACCCCCACCCCCCCCCGAGGGGCGCUGGCCUCCCCAGGGUUCACCUGCUCAAAAGAUUUAGAUGAAGUUUGAGGCUGACAUUUCAGGGCAGUUCUCAGGAUUGCCAUUUCCUUCUAUGCCUGUGGGUUUAACUUUAUAUUUUUUUAAUCACAAUUUUGAUAGAAAACCAUUUUUACCUUACUAUUUGGAGAUGCCAAUUCUACUCCUGAAUUUAUCUUACUAAUUCACAUCUGGAAAUAACAGCGUUGCUUUGGUUCCUGUGGAAAUGGGGUAGUAUGAAACUGCCCCAUACCUGACAUCUUGGGCCCAAAUAAAACAGUGCUGGAGUUCA